AUGGCCACCAUCCCAGACUGGAAGCUCCAGCUGCUAGCCCGGCGUCGGCAGGAGGAGGCAGUGGUGCGUGGCCGAGAGAAGGCUGAGCGAGACCGCCUGUCCCAGAUGCCAGCAUGGAAGCGGGGGCUCCUGGAGCGCCGAAGGGCCAAGCUAGGGCUGCCCCCUGGGGAGCCUAGCCCUGGAGCUGGGACCUCAGAGACAGAGGCUGGGCCUCCAGAUCCAGAUGAGUCGGCUGUCCUCCUGGAGGCCAUAGGGCCCGUGCACCAGAACCGAUUCAUACGGCAGGAGCGGCAACAACAGCAGCAACAGCAGCGGAGUGAAGACCUGCUUCCUGAGAGACGGUAUGGACCACUUGAGGCAAGGGAGCGAAGACUCAGCCCUGGAGAGACAAGGGAUCAGAGCCCCAAAGGACAAGAGUCAAGAGAAGAGAAGCUCAGCCCUCGAGAGGCCAUAGAGAAGAGGCUGGGGAUAGGGGGAUCCCGAGAGUCUAGCCCCAGACCUUUGGAGACUCGGGAUUGGAGGCAGAGUCCAAGAGAGACCGGAGACAGGAGCUCCGGCCAGCCAGAAGCACGGAAAUGGAGGCUGAGCCCUGGAGAGACUCCAGAGAGGAGUGUGAGACUGGCAGAGCCUCAAGAACAAAACCCCAAGAGGACAGAGGUGGUGGAAAGUAGACUGAGCCCAGGGGAGUCUAGUAACCAGAAGCCGAGCCUGACAGAGGCCCAUAAAUGGAGGUCUGAUUGCAGAGAGUCUGAAGAGCAGAAUUCGGUACUACUGGAGGCAUCACAGUGGAGGCCAAGCUCAGAAGAGGAAAGCAAAGAAUUCUUGGAAGAAUGUGGGAAAAAAGAAGAAAAGGUGGCCUCAGAAGACAGUAUAUGGCUAUCAGAGCCCCUGACAAGGGAGGCUCAACACAACAGUCCCAGGGGCAUGGAGUCUGCAGAGCAGAGGCCCAGCCUAGCAGAGGACGGCGAGAGAAGCCCACGGCCAACAGACAGGUGGAAAUGGACCCUGAACUCAGGGAAAGUGCGGGAAUGGACACCCAGAGACAUAGAGAAUCAAAAACCAGAACCAUCAGAGUUGGUUGAGAAGCGGCUGGGGCCACCUGGGGUGGACCUUGGAGAAAAGGAGGCUGAGGAGGAAGAGGAGGCAGGGACUCAGAGCAGGCCUCUGAGAGCUCUGCAGAACCGCUGCUCUGUGCCCUCCCCCCUCCCACCAGAGGACGCUGGGACAGGAGGCCCUCGACAGCAGGAAGAGGAAGCAGUGGAUCUCCAGCUCCCAUCACCAACCCCUCUGUCUUCCCCACCCCCUGCCCUACCUGUACCCCAGCCCCCUGGGGAUCCCCUCAUGAGCCGGCUGUUCUAUGGGGUAAAGGCAGGGCCAGGGGUGGGGGGCCCCCGCCGCAGUGGACACACCUUCACAGUCAACCCCCGGCGGUCUGUGCCCCCUGCAGCCCAGGCCCAGGUCCCUCCAGCAGCCCCGGCCACAGCUGAUGCUGCAGUCCCUGGGACUGGGAAGAAGCGGUACCCGACUGCUGAAGAGAUCUUGGUUCUGGGGGGCUACCUCCGUCUCAGCCGCAGCUGCCUUGUCAAGGGGUCCCCUGAAAGGCACCACAAACAGCUCAAGAUCUCCUUCAGCGAGACGGCCCUGGAGACGACUUACCAGUACCCCUCUGAGAGUUCAGUACUGGAGGAGCUGGGCCCAGAGCCAGAGGCCCCCAAUACUCCAGGCACCCCACCAUCCCAGCCAGAUGAUGAAGAAGAUGAGGAAGAGCUGUUGCUCCUGCAGCGGGAGCUCCAGGGCGGGCUGCGAACCAAGGCCCUGAUAGUGGAUGAGUCUUGCCGGAGGUGA